CCCCGUGUGCCAGUCACCUCCCUCCCUCCUGCCCCUCCCUCCUGCCCCUCCGUGCCCCCCCCCCCCUCUUGACACGCAGCUCUCCGCCUCUUCCCGCUCCCCUCUCGGUUUCCCUCCCGUUGACUCGCUCACCCACUUGGCGCGGCCAGUCGCCAGUCGCCCCCAAUAGGGUUGGGUGAGCUCCGGCCCCCGGGAUUGCCCACCGGCAGGAUGAGUUCUCCCCUGCUGGCGCUGUGUGUUUUCUGCGAGCAACAUGGCCCCUCGAUUGUGACCUGCACACAGUUGGCCUCCGCGCACGCGGUAGGAGAGCUGGCGGCCGCGGCCGCGGCCGCCGAGCUGUCCGGCGACCCUGGCGACCCGCCCGCCCGGAAUCCAUGCUCGUGGUGUGACCUCUUCCCACGCGAUGUCCCCUUCCUUGCGUCUCCGGUUCCUGACGCCGGGCCCGAAGCCGGGGAGUACCUCCUCACCACGCCACGGGGACCGUUCGAUGCGCGGCUCUACUCUUGCGUGCAGCACGCAUGCGUGCGCAGUAUGUGUCAUGGCUUCCUGCCGGAGAACCGCGGCCUCUUCCUCUUUUCCGAGUCCCCCACCAACAGUGGCUUCACUUCGGCCGGCGGGCCGGGUCCCAGCGGCAGCGCGUCUUCCCUGGACUUGGGUCCCCUGUGGCUUCCGCCCUCGGGCUCUGGCCGUCCAUCGCAACAUGACAACUGCCCAGGCUGGGGCGGCCUUGCCUCCUGCGGCACGGCCCUGGCGUACCUCUUUUCCGUGCGGGAUUUCUCGUGUCGUGGCCGAGUGCGCAAGUACUCGCUGAUCCUGCUGUCCUCCGACCGGUCGCAAAUCACACUUCACUCGGAGGAAAUUGCAAGCAACCUCAAGGCCAUCGCCUCGGAUUUGUGCUUCCAGGCCGAGUCCCUCUUCCAGUUCGAGUACAAGCUGUCGGCCAAGUACCAGGUCGACUCGUCGGGAAUCCACCCCCCCCGGGCGACCGGGACCAUGCCCAGCCGCCUGGCCGGGCGUGAUGGCUGGUGGAGCCUUGCACAUCUAGUUGGUGUGGGCGGACACUUGCUGCUGGCAUCGGCCGGGCGCGAGGCCGGGCGGCCGACCCCCGGUCCCGGCAGCCGUGCCAUUGUGAGCGUGCGGUUCUGGCCCGGGGAGGCCGAGGCCCGGGCCUUGGCACACGACUCGCUGGUGGCCCUCCAUGGGCAGCUUGCCAUUGCGCUGGCCUCCUUCGAGCCGCCAAGCCAAGCCCCGCCGCCGGGGCCACGCCUACUCGGCAGCAGCCUGCCGGCCGGCACGUUCGAGGAGGAGGACGAGCUCGGAUCGGCACAUCCGGUCUUCGACUCGGUGCACAUCUUUCGUCAGCUGCUCGGCGGCCAGGCACCCUUCAUCCUGCUUCUGCACCAUCUGUGCGUCGGAAACCAAGUCAUCGUGCGCGGACCAUGUCUCGGGAUUACCCGCUCGGUGCUUCUACUUCUGGCGGAGCUCCUCCCCCCGGGGUGCAUCCAUCAGCGUGUCUUCAGCUCGGAGUAUCUCCCCCCCUGGAGGGCGAAUCUCCUUGGCCUGUCGCAUGAUGUGUCGCUCCCCCUGUCGGACCUUCAGCCCGGCACAUAUGCCAUUGUCGACAUCCUGCCAACCAGCCUGUCCGGCGCGACGGUCGACGCGCUGCUGAGCCAGGGCGGCGCGUCGCCCACCGGCGCGCUCGGCAUUGGCGGCCCGCGGCAUCGAGUCGAAGACCUGUUUGCCCUGCGGCUGACGGCCGACGCGCCGCUUUGUGACAGUGGCCCGGCCGGCCCGGCCGCCCGGCCGGCCGAGACAUCCAAGUCCACUCUCUGGUCGCUGUUCCUGCCUCUGACUUCCUCCUUGACUCUGGCCCCGGUGCCGGGUGGGCCGCUGCACCUGAACUCGGCCAAGCCGCCGCAGCGCCCCCCGCGGCCGACGCUCGAGGCGAUGCACGCCAGGCCGGCCUUUUCGACCCCCCCGCAGGCGGUAUCCUCCUUCGCUCCCCCCAAAGCCCUGUCGCUGUUUUCCUAUCGUGACGGCUACUCGCACUAUGAUCCGGCCCAAGCGAACAGCUAUGCCCUGGGCCUGGCGGCCCUCCUGGACCUGACCUCCGAGGGGAAUCUCUUUGAAUUGCAGUUGCUCAUUUUCAAGGAGGAAUGGAUGAACCUGGCCAAGCUCUUCUUCACCUUCCUCCAGUCGGCCGUGGUCCUGCCCCAAUCGCAAACCCCCACGGAGCUGCUGAAUCUCCUCGCCGGGUAUGGGCUCUCGGCUGAUCGCCUCUCGCCGGACAUCAUCACCAACGUGGAGCUGGCCAACCCGGCCACCCGGGCACGGGCCUUCAUCCGUUUGCUCGGCCUCAAGGCACCGAAUGGCCCGCAGCAGCAGCAGCAGCAGCAGCAGCAGCACAAGCAACCCCCAGGGGGCAGUGCCGCCGGGGCCGCCUGGCAGACCACGAGCCUGCCCCCGGAGCCCGAGCCUCCGGCCAAUUCGAGCACCGGUCCGGUGGUAUCCAACAACCUCCCCUGCCAGGUGUGCAAGAUUCGCUUCGCGGCCCGGUGCCGGGUCCCGUCCAUGGCCUCGCCCAUCCCGCUGCCGGGGUUCGCCGCCAAGGCCGCUCCUCUGCUGGCGGAAACCGGGACAUCGCUCUCGCCUAGUGGGGCCUUUUCCCCGCCCGGCGUCCUUCCCAGUUGGCUGCGCUUCCGCACGUCACUGCCGCCGGCACAGCCGCCAGCGGCGCCUCCUGCCGCCCCCGCCAUCCCGCUGUCCCCCCCUUCGGUGUCACUUUCGCGGAGUUCCUCCCUGGAGUCCUUCGUCAUCAUCGAAAGCGGGUCCAUCAACUCCGAACCCAGGUCCGAGGGCCAUGUCCCCUUGAGAGAUCGGUCAGCCCCGUCGCUCGGCAGCGGCACCGCCCUCCAAGAUGGGUGCGAUUUUUCUGCGCGAGCUGCAGGGCCCUCGCAGCCAUCGGCAUCGGCAUCGGCAUCGGCAUCGGCAUCGGCAUCGGCGUCAGCGGCGUCUGCUUCGGCGGGGCCACCGCUCCCGCCGCCGCCGCUGCCACCGCCGCCGCCACCCCUGGCCGACAUUACUGUGGCCAGCACCGAGGGUGAUAUGACUUGGGGUCCGGCGGCGGCGGCGGCGGCGGCGGUGGCAGCUCCCCCGGCUCCGGCGCCCGCUGGCUCGCCCCGGCGUCCAGGUUGGCGCGUUUUCGGGUCCGACGAUGAGGCUGUCCUGCUCUUCUUCAUUCGUGGCCUGGAUCCCCAGACCCGGGGCUCACUACGUGCUGGGCCUCCCGGUGGGGCGUAUUUGCGCGGUGCCGCAUCGGCCGCCCCGCCACCGGGGGGGCCCUCUGGUGGCCGGGCAACGCCGGCCGCACGAUCGGCGCCACACAGGCCCCUCAGGCGUGAGAGCUGAUUUCCGGCCCCGUGGGCUGCCAACCAAUAGACCUGCCAUUUCUUCC